UGCUUCAGUCGUGAAUCCGGCAGAUGUGAUAGGUUCAAUGAAUCGUGUCCACAGAAACAAUUGAACUCGUUAAAGUGGUGCCUUGUGGGCUCGUAGCUUAAUAAGUGAACUUGAGUUUUUUUCUUCAGUGAAUGCCCUCUUGAUAGAGUCGCGUUUUGUCGUUUUCUAGUUUACGGUGUCGUCACGGUCCUUUUGGAUGCUGCAGCAUCUCUGAAUGGAAUUCCAUUCACGUUGGUUUACAAUAUAUACAACUCCGUAGGACCAUGGUCAAUAUUGGACCGCAUUCUUGAGUGCACGAAGUGGAUGAUAAUGGUUCAUGGUAGAUCCUCCUGCGGAGAAAUUGAAAAAAUAUUAUUGAUGGCUUCCUCAAAUCCAGCUCUUUCGAUAUGGCGAUACGGUCUCCAUUGAGAAGAGACGACUAUCGACAGAAUAUCGAGGACUCAAGGCACAGAUUUCUGGACGACCUUCGUGGAGAACCCAUAGAAGAAGAAAAAUCCAAGCAGAAUGAGACGUUUAAAAAGAAACAAUCUCGAAAAAUCAGUUUCAAAGUGCGAAAAGUAUCGUCCACGUAUCGUAAAAACUCCACUUCGAGUCUUCAUAAAACAACAAUAACAGCGACUACCGUGGCAGAGCUCACUUCAAAAUUUAACGAAAUAAUCGAGAAAAACAAUGCUCCAAGAGAAGAACUGAAAAUUAGAAAAUUCGUAGAGAGAUUGAACAGUUUCAACAGCAACCCUAAUAAGAAAACAAUGAAGAAUACAAAUUCUAAUAGUACAAACGAACAAAUCCCUAAGGAACUGAGUAAACCUAGCAUAAAGAAGAAACCAAUUUUAGACGAGAAAACUAAGUUACAGACUGUUAGAAGAAAACCCUCUUAUAUCAAAGCAGAACUUAAAUUGAAAGAACACAUUCGAACUGAAGAUAAUGAAAAGGGGAACAAAGAUGAAAAAAUUACAGAUAUGGAUUCCUGUUCCUCUGGUUUCGUUAAAGCAGCGAUUAAAAAUUUCGAGAAGAAAAAUUUUCAACCUGCAGCUACCAAAAGAAGCAUGACAGAAUUACACAAGAUAGAUUUACGGGAAUUUCCAGAAUGUGAUACGAAUAGAAGAAAAAGUUGUAAGCCAGAUAUAACAGUUCCAUCUGGGUUAAAAAUAUAUGAGGAUAUAAGUUUAGUUGAAGAUUCAACACCAGCAAUUGUUGAAAUUUCGAAAAGUAAACCAGGAAUAGUUUAUGUGGCUUUGGAUGAAUCAAAUUUUACUAGUUCACGUGAUAUUGAAUCGCCACCUCCACCCUUACCUUCAAGGCUGAACAAACCAAAAGAACCCUCCAGGGAAAAGGAAUCAAAUUCAGAAACAAGAACUGAAGAAUCUCAGGUUAAUCUUAUUAUAGAAGAAAUUGAAACAUCCAAAACGGAAGAAUCGUGCUAUUCCGUUACAGAUAUUAUUGGCAGAAAUUUCCCAACAUUACAACUAGAGACAGAAGAAGCAAAGCAAGAUUUCAAACCGAAUGCUUCAUUCUUAUGGAACAGGAGUCCAUCAAAACCCUACGAAGACAUCGAAACAUCAGUUGCAGCUUUAAAUUCAACCAACGAAGAGAAAUUAUCAGAUCUACCUCCUUUCAGAACUCUACCAAAGGUUGCCACAAGCGAUGGCAAGGAUUAUGAAGAGCUGGAUGAGAAUGAUGGCUACGAACCUUUCGAUCUGAAAGCGGAUUACGAAGAUGUCAAAUCGAAAACAGAAAAAGAAGAGGACCCGUAUGAGUUCAUAAGCAACGGAACUGAGAAUAUUUACGAAACACUCCCCUGUACCAGGCAAAGCGAACCCUUACCAGAAACACCACCAGCCCUACCUUUAGAGAAAAUAGAGGAAUCUGCAUCUAAUUGCUACGAGUCGAUUUACAACAACGACUCCAAUUCGACUAUUUUGAACGAGGAAAACAACUAUGAGAGUAUUUAUUUCAGAGAGUCGAGUGAGAAAAAAGAAAUUUUUGAAAAGGAUAUAUCUGGAUCUAUAGUGUCGAGUGAACAAAAAACUAACAGUUUAUAUGGGACAAGUUUAAGAAGCUGGAACGAUGGAACAAUCUACAACAGUAGUGCUACGAGUGAUAUCAGUUUUAGUGAUAAAAGUGAGUGGGUAGACGUUAGCGAGAACGAGUAUGAUGGUGGAUCAAAAAUCUUUAUCAUCAAGGAAGCUGUGAAAAACAAGAAAAACAGCUCAUGGUCCGAACAGUGUAGACAACAUUGGAAUAAAACUUCAAAAUUAGCAUCCGCCGACCACGGAGCUGAUAGCGACUCUGAUCAUCAUUACGAAACUCUGAAGAAUUCGGAGAAUGAAGAGCCAGAAGUUUGCUACGAUUCAUUCGCCAGCGAUAUAGAUUCAGAUGAUUCCUUCGAGAAUUUGGAAAACGAACAAAAUAAUGGCGAUCUGCCACUUCCUGCUGCUCCAAAUUCAAAUGACGUGCUUACUAGACUGGCCGCUUCCGCUAGCAAACACAUGAGGAAGUUCACCAAAAACCUGUCCAUGACAAGGAACGAUAUAUCGAAAUCUCUGACCAGACUUGCAAGAAAAAAAUCCAAAAAUGAUGUCAGUGAAGUGGAGAAUAACUAUGUUAAUGUUAAUGGGACCCCGGCCACGACGCCAACUUCUGAAGUGAAUCCUCUGACCAGCGCCGAAGACCUCAACAACGAGAAGAACAAGAAUUUGAACAGGAAGGGCUUUUUGAACAAGAUCAGGAGAAGCAUCAUCAUGUCGCCCGAGCAGGCCAGUGAGAUCACGUCCAAUUUCAAGGGGAAAAGUACUUUUUACUUGACGCCGACCAUAAACGUGGACGAUGAGUACCCCGAUAAAAAACUGGAAGAUGACAGUGGUAUAUCGUUGUCUCCUAUCGAUAGGAAUUCAAGGAAUAAGCUGGUGAGGCCCCAAGAACCUCCACCACCAGCUCCUAUUCUACCUCUGAGUGAAGAACUGAAGAAAGCCUUCAAGGAGAGACGUACCACUUCCUGGUAUGCCGAGGUCAACCUUUGCAAGAGUCCGGAAUUAAAAGUCCAGAAAGAAAAACGACCGAACACUUGUUGGUAUGACGAGAUAGGUCUAUACCAGAACUCGACAAGCACACCAAGUACCAGCUCGGCGGAAAACAGCGGUACCAACACCAACGUCACAAUCAGAACAGAUCUUAGUAGGAAUAGUCCGGAAGGAGAGACAAGCGAGAAAUAUUACAAUCUGAAAAACGAAAACGCGUAUUAUAAUGAGAGUGUAAAUAGUCUGAAUAGCAACGGGACCAAGACUGAUGUUUCUUUCGUUAGUUUACCAGGUGAAGACAUACAGAUGAGGCUGCAGAAUGAACCCUUGUACCAGUUUUAUGACGCAGCUGUCUUAGAUUACGCUUGUCACAAUGGAAUCUCCGACUUGGAUUCAGAUAAUUACGAAGAUGUUGAGAGGAGAUCCAAUACAGAACUCAGACCACCAUCUAGACCGUCUGCCAUGGAACUAGUCAGCUCCAAGAGGAACUCUUUGGCCUUCACUAAAACCCUUUGGUGUCAGAUACCAGAAGUAUUACAGUCUUCAGUAUUGAGUACCUUGAGUUCGCAACAGAAGAAGUUACAAGAGGCCAAAUUCGAAAUGGUCACUUCCGAAGCCUCCUAUCUCAACUCCUUGAACGUUCUGAACGACCACUUCAUCAAAAAUCUGAAGAUAACCUUGACUGAUUCCGAGUACGAUUUGCUUUUCGGUAAAAUCGAAGCCGUCAGGCAGAGUUCUGACAAACUGAUCUUAGAUUUAGAGAAAUGCUGGCAGGACAACAUCCUGCUGCAUGGAGUCUGUGAUAUUAUACAAAAACACGCCGAAGAAGACUUUUCCGUAUACAUUCCAUAUUGCGAGAACCACACGCUGUUAGAUCAAAUGAUGAAGAAAUUGAGGGAUCGAACGUUUUUUUCCGAUACCUUGAAACAGUUAGAAGCUAGUCCAGUUUGUCAGUGUUUGUCCCUGUAUUCAUUCUUGAUGCUACCGAUGCAGAGGAUAACCAGAUGGCCUUUACUCCUCGAUGCCGUUUUGAAGCGGUUGGAACCACACGACCCUGAGUAUUCAACUUGUCAAUAUGUUCUCGCAACCAUAAGCAAGAUUGUGAGUCAAUGCAACGAAGCUGCCAGAAACAAGGAACGUGAGAGAGAAAUGCUGGAUAUCCAGUCCAAGAUGGAAUUUGGAAAAGGGGUCCCUCCCAUAGAAUUGGCAAUUCCGAACAGGUGGUUGAUCAGGUCAGGUGGUGUGGUUCACAUGCUGCCCAAAAGCGAAGAGAUCAAACUGACCUUUGGAAAAAAAUUCUCGAAGACCACGCUCAACCUGUUCUUGUUCAACGAUCUUCUCAUAGUGGCCAAACCUAAGAGCGAUGGUCUCUACACAGUAUUACAUUACUGUUCCAGAAAUUUCACGGAACUGAGUACGUCAGAACAAUUGCUGUCUUUACCGGGAAAGGAUAUGACCGGAAAAUAUCUGUUUUUCUUGACCCUGCUGGAAAAUCAACACAAGAAAACUGUCGAAUUUUUGCUGUCGUGCAGUAGCGAAAGUGACAAGCAGCGAUGGAUUGAAGCACUCUCGCCUCCAAAAUCCGAAGAUCCCGAUGAGGUUUUGUACGAGUGCUGGGACUGUCCGCAGGUCACUGUGAUCCACAACUACACAGCUGAACAGCCAGAUGAGUUGAAUUUGUCGAAGGGAGACGUCAUCAACGUUUCGAGAAAAAUGGCGGAUGGGUGGUUCCAGGGUGAAAGAAUAAGAGAUGGUCAAACAGGCUGGUUUCCGGCCAAUUACACUGCUGAAAUCGCGAAUCCACACGUUCGAGCGAGAAACCUGAAGCAGAGGUAUAGAUUACUGACGUUUUCUGAGAAUUAUCUAAAAACUAAAUCAUAGUCAACGUUUUUUUUUACUGGAAAACUUGUGAUAUUAUAUUUUUACUUCUUUAUGUGUAUAUUCAUUGAAUUGAUUUAUUGUUAUGUAUAUUGUUCAAUAAAACGUAUAUUUUCUA